CUUUAUUCCCCUCGCGAUCCGCGACAGCUGUCAAGCUUGUCAAAAAUGCGUACUCGUGUCGCGGCCUCGUCUCGCGUUGCGGAACAACGUCGUACGUCGCGAGGUAUAAUACGUCGGUGAUAAGCGCCGAACGCGUGUGUGUACGUGCGUAAUCGCGAUGGCCCGUGUUGCGACGCGCGGCAACCGCAGACUCUGCCCCUAAAUGCGCGUCGCGCCCGCGUUUGUUCCUCGAUACAUACAGCGGCGGAGCAGCCCGAUUACGCGAGGAGGAUAACCUCGCGGACUCGCCGGGAUCUUUGCCACGUAUAAAUCCGAAACCCCAGCCGCGUCCCACGGCCUGGCCAUGGCGUGCCUGCUGCAGAAUCAGGAGAACGUCCACCUGAAAAUACCGUCGGUCGACACGGUGGACGGGGUCACGUAUUACUGCAUCGAGGUUGGGAUCGCGUCGAUUAAAUGGACCGUCAAGCACAGGUACAGUACGUUUGCGACGUUACACGAAAACUUUGUCUCCAAAUACUGCGUCGAGAAGGACAUAUUUCCACCGAAAAAGCUCAUAGGCAACAAGUGUGAGGUCUUCGUGGAGAAACGUCGGCAGAGUCUCGAGAUAUAUCUGAACGCCGUUUAUAAUUACUUGAAGAAGGCGAUGCCCAGGGAACUGGCCCUGUUCCUGGAUCUGCACGAGUACGAUAUAUAUUUCCUGGUGCAAAGCAUGGCGUUGGAAUUUUUUGUAACGGGCGACACUUUGCUACACGCCUCGACGAGCUACAAAUUCAAUCCCGUACAGCUGUAUGCGAUCAGCGAAAGAUUGAAACAGCCGUGCCCGUUGUUGGAAGUCGUGGACAAAGAGUAUGACUUCAGUCACGUUUUGGACUUUAAUUCGCGUUUAACCAGCCUCACGAUCGAGGGGAGCUCGGAGCCCUACAAAACCAGCAACAUCUAUCCGUCCUCCUUGUCCAUCGAACUGUCCACCUUCAAAAAUGUGCAAUACCUAACGAUCGAUCGUUAUCCGGUCGAUAAGAUUUACAACAUGGGAAACCUCCGAGACACCGUGACCACGUUGAGAGUCACCAACACGAAGCUCAGGAACAUCGUGGAACUGGCUAUGUGCGAGGAGGUGCACAAGAGCAUCGAAAACGCCAACGACUCGCACGUGUGGAUGAAGGUGACGCACUUGGAUCUCAGUGACAAUCGUAUAGAAGUCAUAGACGAGGCGAUCAAACUUCUGCCGCACAUAGAGUGCCUCACGCUGAACAACAACCACCUGUCGGAGAUCUCGAACGUGACGCUGUUGCCGAGAUUGUCCCAAUUGUAUCUGGCGUCGAACAACUUCACCAGCCUGCCGGACGAUCUUCACACGAGGCUCGGUUACAUCGUUUACAUCGACCUGUCGCAAAACAAACUCACGUCGCUCGCCAGCUUCUCGAAGCUGUACUCGCUGGAGGGACUGGACGUGAGCUGCAACCGCAUCGAGAAGAUCGAGGAGGUGAAGCACAUCGGUCAUCUGCCGUGCCUGGAGAACCUGAGGCUAACGGGCAAUCCGGUGUCGACGAUAGUCGACUACAGAGUCAAGGUUCUGGAGCCGUUCGGUAAGAGAGCCGCCGACAUUUGUCUGGAUAACGAAAAGCCGAAUCAAAAGGAACUCGAUACCGUGUCGGUUCAUCAGGCGUUGCGUAUCGCGAGGGAGGGUAAAUCGCCGUCGUUCACCGCGUCCGACGCGCCGCUUUUCUCCGCUGAGAUUCCAAGUAUAUAGAAAUUUUUAUCGUGAUACCUACUCUCCUCUCUUAUCGCGCCAACCGUGUUACGUGAACAAAUUUAGAUAAGAAAUGAAAAAGUUUUAUACGGUAUGUAGAUUUUAUCACACUACGAGACUGAUCCUUUCUUCUCGAUAAAAACCGUAAUAUUAUUUUUGGUCUCGAUUUAUUUGUACAUUCGCUUUUUUUUACUGAUUCACAAUAUAUAUGGAUAACGUAAGAACGACGUGCUUUUUACUUUUACCACGAUUCUUCAAAACAUACCGAAAUAAAAAAAAAGGAACGAUAAGUUUUAAAAGUUUCGUGUUGUAAUCUCAUGUAUAAAAUCCGAGAUGAAACACGGGUUUUUUUUGCAAGUAAAAAAAACACUUCAUAUAAUCCAUGACAAAAUUAUAUGAAUCUGAUGUCAUCUCAUUAAAAUGAAUUUGUAAAAUUUCUACUGUUUUAUACAUAUCAUAGAUUUUUAUCGAUUGUCUAUAACAAUGAGUUAAUCCAUGUAUCUAUUGUAUUUUACAUAUAAUAUAUUUGAUUAUCGAAUUUGUUUGAUGUUAUUUUCUUAGAGUUUUAGUGCGAAUAAAUUGCAUAUUAUUUAUUCCGAAAUAAUGUUUAAAUCUUUUCAAUUUUAAAGAACAAUACUAACACAGAUCUUAUGUAACAAUUUUAUAAUAAUUUAACAUAGAAGCAAUUUAUCCGUGUAUAAAAAAUAUUUUGUUAAUAAAGACAAAUAAAUUCUGUGAUAAU